AUGCAGGCGUUCGCGAUGUUCGCAAUGGGACAAACCAUGCCAGCCGGUCCCACAACCACCGUGACACAACCGGAGGCUGUCGAGACACCACCCACUGCUGUACCCGAGCUCGUACCGGAGGCUGCUACCAUAAUUCCAGAAGAAACCACCUCUGCACAAGACACAGUCCCAGUCAUCACCACCAAGCCGGAGGACGAUGCAGUACCCGCUGUUCCAGUACCAACCCUUGCGGAGAUUCGCGAAGUAGAGACAGAUCUGGCCGCGGGACUGAAUUUAUUGGCCGUAAGCGAACCCAGGUUAGAUUCUGAUUCUACGAGGGAAACCCCUGUUUUAAAGGAUGGAGAGGAAGGUGGAGCACUCGAUUCUGAGGAUGCUCAAGAAACUGUUGAUGCAGGACUCAACAUGAUAAUGGAUCUAACUGAGGAUAAGGAAACGCUGGACCUAGCGACAGCCGUGUCUGAGCAGGGAGACUCCCCCAGACCGAGUGGAAGGGAGAGUGAAGAAGAGGGGCGCCGCGCGAUGGCUAAGAAAAGGAAAGGAAAACAAAUUGCUUCCUCCUCGACCGAGAAGGCGAGGGGGAUAUCUACUGAUUCCCCACUUCCUCCACCUGCCAAGGUACCAUACGCCGCAGAGCCCGAGAGUCCUGCCAGGUCCAGCGAUUCAGAGGAGGACCAAGAGGCAGAUGUACUGAACUUUGAGCCGACGGAAAUUUAG